AUGAAACUAAACAGUCGCAAGAUACCGCCUGUCACGCGGACCAUGCUCGGCCUAGCGUUAGGCAUGACGCUCCCGUGCACGUUGAGCAUCAUGUCUCCAUAUCGCAUUGCCCUCUACUGGCCACUCGUCUCACGACACCCCAUCAGCGAGUUCUAUCGCCUCUUUACAGCCUUCUUUUACGCGGGAAGGGGCAUUUCCAUGAUUUUAGACAUCUACUUUCUCUUUAGGAAUGGGAAUGACCUGGAAAGCAACAAAUUCUUCCGAAAGACUAGCAAUUACGUGUGGGCACUACUCCUUACAGCCACCAUGAUCCUGGUACUCAACUACCCACUGGGAAGUUUUUUUUUAUGGAAGCCUUUACUAAUGUCCUUGACUUACCUUUGGGCUCGUGCAAACCCUCAUGCAAGGGUUUCCUUCUUCGGAUUCUUCACCAUCGUAGCAUCGUAUUUGCCUUAUGUACAACUGGUGCUGGAUCUAGUCGUCGGAAGCGUGGGUCUCGCAGUACAGUCGGCCACCGGGUUGGUUGCAGCCUACCUCUACGAGCAACUCGCUGAAGCGACCCCCGCGGAUGCAGCCCUACCCGUCCCUGCCUGGCUU